CCAGCAGUGAGCAGCGAGCGGGUUCGGUGCCCGGCUCAGUCAAUCAGUAGGCGGAGGGGUCUAGUAGGAAGAGGGAGGCGGCGGGGACAAGGGGAUAGCGGCUCCUGUGCGUGCGAGGCGGGGGCCGAGAGCUGGGAGCAGCGCACCUCACUCUAUCGCUGGAUUGUAUAGGAAGAAGCGACGGGCUGUGCUCUGUGCCGGGGAGAAGGAGCAGCUUGGAUGAAAGUUUGCUCGGAUUUCGGUCCAGGGGAACUGAACAGUCAUGUUAAAGUAAAGCAGAAAACUGCUGUACUGAACAUGUUAAGGAGACUGGACAAGAUACGGUUCAGAGGUCAGAAGCGAGAAGAGUUUCCCGACUUGGCCGAGUCUCCAAAUGCUUCCGAUACAGAAUGUGGAGAUGAUUUCCUUCUAAAAAUACCUCGAACUUCGAAAGAGAAUGAAGAGCUAAAGGACCCUGCUGGUUCAGGGACCAUCAUCAUGGCAUCUGGAGUAUCCGAAUUUAACCGGACAGAACUUGACCGACUCAAUGAGAUUAAGGGGCAUCUGGAAAUUGCCUUACUGGAAAAACACUUCCUGCAGGAAGAGCUCCGGAAGCUACGGGAAGAGACUAAUGUUGAAACAAUGAAGCAGGAGCUAGAAAAAGAAAGGAUAAAGAGGCUAGAGCUGGAACAAAAAGUGAAUGAUUUGGCCAAAGCAAGGACUGAAGAAUCUACCGCACAGCAACUAUCAAGGGGACAGUCUCAGAACAAUGGCUCAGAUAAGCCCAGAAAGAAAACCAUGUGCUCCAGAGUUCAAAAAUGGCUUUAUGACCGAUUUGGAGAAUACAUUGAGGAUUUCAGAUUUCAACCAGAAGAGCGCACCGUGGAAACAGAAGAACCAUUGAGUGCAAGGAGGUUAACAGAAAAUAUGAGACGGUUAAAGCGAGGUGCCAAACCUGUUACAAAUUUUGUAAAGAACCUUUCUGCCUUAUCAGACUGGCAUUCUGUCUACACUUCUGCUAUUGCCUUUAUUAUUUACAUGAAUGCUGUAUGGCAUGGCUGGGCCAUUCCUAUGUUUUUAUUUUUAGCUAUUUUGAGGUUAUCCCUAAAUUACCUCAUUGCCAGGGGAUGGAGAAUUCAAUGGAGCAUUGUGCCUCAAGUAUCAGAGCCUAUAGAGCCUCCUAAAGAAGACUUGACGGUUUCUGAGAAGUUUCAGUUGGUUCUUGAUGUAGCGCAGAAAGCACAGAACCUGUUUGGCAAGAUGGCAGACAUACUGGAAAAAAUUAAGAAUUUGUUUAUGUGGGUCCAGCCAGAAAUUACGCAAAAACUGUACAUCUGCUUAUGGGCAGCUUUCAUAGCAUCAUGCUUCUGUCCAUACAAACUGAUUGGACUCUGUAUGGGACUUUAUGCUGGUAUUAAGUUUUUUCUCAUAGACUUUGUUUUCAAACGUUGCCCACGACUUCGAGACAAAUAUGACACUCCUUACAUUAUCUGGACAAAUCUACCCACUGACCCACAGCUUAAAGAACGAACAAAUGCAACUGUAUCAAGAAGGCUGUCAGGGCAUGACAAGAUACAAACCGUGUCUUCAAGAAGUAAUGUAGCCACAGGAGCUCCACAGGGAGUAAGCCGCGAUGAAGAGGGAGGGCGAUAUCAUAGUACAAAAAAGAGCAGUUUUCAUGAGAUCUUCAGUUUAGCUGAAACAGAGCGACCAUUGCCAGCUUGUGAAAAUGGCUGGCGUUGUUGCUUGAUUAACAGAGACAAAAAAAUGCCUACUGACUACAUCAGAAAUGGUGUCCUUUAUGUCACUGAAAACUACUUAUGCUUUGAAAGUUCCAGAUCUGGAUCAUCAAAGAAGAACAAAAUCAUAAAACUAACAGACAUUACGGACAUUCAGAAGUAUAAAGUUCUUUCAGUGCUCCCAGGAUCAGGAAUGGGAAUUGCAGUUUCUACCCCCUCUACUCAAAAGCCACUAGUGUUUGGUGCCAUGGUACACCGAGAUGAAGCAUUUGAAACCCUCUUCAACCAGUAUGUCAAGAUUACAUCCACAGUAGCAAACAAUGACACCUAGGAUCCAUCUUCGUCGUCCUAGCUUUACAGACUUCAUUUUGCCUUCCAUUACUUUGACUUUUUUUGCAAUAACUUUACUGAAUAGGUUAUAUUUUCUGUUACAGAGAGUGAGUGUUUUAUGUUUUGUAUACAUGAAUUUUUCUUGUUUUAAAGCAUCAAUCCUCCCAUUUUUUUAAAAAAAAUGUAAAAAAAACAGGAAAGAGAUUCAUUGUUGUGAAUCCAACUGUGUCCUUGUUUCAUAUAUUUAUUUUUAUAUAUAUAUAUAUUGUGUUUAAUAAUAACUAGAUCUGGCUGUUUUAGACAGGAUAUUUUUUUUCCUGAAAUGAUUAUUGAGGGCUAGAGUUGGUUAGGAAGUAGACUAAAAAUCUACCAUUUCUCAGUCCCAAAAAUCCUCAACCUUCAAAUAACACUUUUAUACUGCCUGGUUUUAGACUGUCCAAUUAAAGAGUGGGUGUUUUUCAAGCAGUAUGGCAGGAAACCUACGUUUGCUCAUAACCUAGGUCCAGUGCUUUAUUUCCAGUAUUUGUAGUAACGAUUGAUGUUGAAAAAAUAGGGAAAUCAUUCUAUAUACAAAAAAAGUCUGCAGUUUUCUCAUCUGUGCUGUGUGUAUGUUUCUCAAAGUCUAGUUGCUCCAUGUAAACUAUUGUCUAAGUGUCUGUUUACUGAGGUGUAAGGCCAGCGCCAUGCCCUAGUUUUUUGGCUGCUUCUUUUAGAGAUGAAGGUUUGUGUGGAAAGUAUGGAUUUUUAUGUCAAUGCACUCCUGAUGCGAUGGAUAAGCAACCUUUUCUGCAUUGGUAUUGUAGUGUCUUAAUUCAUAGAAGUCUGUGUUUUCAGUAAGCUCAUGCCCCUCUUUCAUCCUUCUUACGGAAAAACCGCAUGUUCUCUGAUGGAACCUUAGGGUAGAUGUGCAUAGGCCCAAUGUUCACUUGGAAAAUGAAGCUUCCUGUACUGCCCUAUUGUUGGCUUAAGCCAGCUACCUUUGUCCACAUUUUCUUAUGCCAGUAGGCGUUUAUGAACUGCCACUGAAUUUUGAAGGGCUACAAAUACUCUAACAAGUUACAUCAGACAUGAAAAUAGACUUCUUCAUCCCAGUUCUUGUUAAAAUCAUAAAAUAUGAAGUUCACAUUAUUACUGUCAUCGGAUUGAAGUGUGCUAAACUAAGCCAGUACAGACCUUUUAUUUCACAUAUUUGUCCUGGGACCACAGCAAUAGACCCACAAUUACGUUGGUAAGAAGACUUUCAGAUGACAAAUGGUUGAAUUCGCACUGCAUUUCAGCAGCAUUAAGUUAUAAUUGAUAGGCAGAUGGCUUUUGUUUUUGAAGGUUUUUAGAGACCUGAGUUUACACCUUUGCCUAUAAAUCUUCUAUUAUUUUUUACAUAUUUUUUUAUAGUAAAGAAUGAUAUUCAAAAGCUAAGGAAUCUGCAGGUAGAUGUUAAAUUUGUUUUGCUAUAGUUCCAGAAAUAUGGUGUUAAAGUGUAAAAAAAAAAAAGAAAAA